AUGAAAAAUAAACAUUUUUUGUUUGUUCUUUCUUUAUUUCUGCUAAUAUCUGAAAUAUUAACAAUGACAAUUGGCAGACAACGAGAAUUAAAUUAUAUAAUUUCUUGGUUAAAUAAUAAUCAUUUAAAUGAUGAUUUUCUUUGGAAAUUAGAUAAACAAUUAUAUAUUUGCGGAAAAGAAUAUAAUAAAAAUGAGGGAGAUCAGGAUAUUGAAAUAAAUAAUCAAAUAAGUCGCUUACAAUUUGAGUUUACAAUUGUACAGACUACAUGCUCUAAACAAUUAAAUACAAAUGGAGAUAUUUCUUAUUGUCCUGUAAAUGAGUUGGCGAAUAAUAAAAAGGAAUGUUCCUUUGAUAUAAUUAAAGACCAAAAAGAAAUUGAAAUAUUAGAUUGGGAAUGUUUUUCUUUAAAUAAUGAUGAGGAAAUAAUUGAUAAUGAAAGUGAUGACGAUAUGUUUAUUAUUUGUUCUAAAGCUAAUGAAUUAACAAACACAUUAGUUGAUUCUGUUGGUCGUUUAGAUGGACUUGAUAAACAGGGAUGGACUAAAUUUAGAAGAUUUGUUCGAAAAUAUGGCCCUAAUUAUACAAAAGCAUCAGAAGUAUUAAGCCGUUUCAAUAAUUAUGUUAAAAACUUAGGGAGAGCUAAGAAAUAUCAAAAAAAGGAAUUAGGUACAGCAAUUUAUGGAGAAACACAAUUUAUGGAUUUAAGUAAAGAUGAAUUUAGAAAAAUUUAUUUGCCCUUUCAAUGGCCUUUAAAUGUUGAAAAUACACAAAUAGCACCUCAUAUUGAAGAUGAGGAUUUACCAACUUCUUGGGAUUGGCGUACAAAGGGUGCUGUUACUGACGUGAAAAAUCAGGGUCAAUGUGGAAGUUGUUGGGCAUUUAGUGUUACUGGAAAUAUUGAAGGACAAUGGGCGUUAAAAAAGGGUAAAUUGCAGGCAUUAUCUGAACAGGAACUUUUGGGACUUCGAGAAGGGAUUGUGAUCGUGUUGAUAUGGCUUGUAAUGGCGGACUACCUUUACAAGCAUACAAAAAUAAUACGUAUUGGAGGUAUUGAACCAGAAAAUGAUUAUCCUUACGAUGCCAAAAAAGAGCAUUGUAAUUUAAAUCGUUCUGAUCUUGCUGCUUAUAUUAACGGGUCUUUACAAUUAGAAAAAGAUGAAAUACAAAUGGCUAAAUGGCUGGUUAAAAAUGGGCCUAUAUCUGUCGGAGUAAAUGCUUUCCCUUUACAAUUUUAUCGUCAUGGAAUUUCCCAUCCUUUGCGUUUUCUUUGUUCUCCAAAAAUGUUAAAUCAUGGAGUUCUUAUUGUUGGCUUUGGCCAGGAAGGAAAUAAACCUUUUUGGAUAAUUAAAAAUAGUUGGGGCAGAAAUUGGGGUGAGCAUGGAUAUUACCGCCUUUACAGAGGCAGCAAUGUUUGUGGCAUUCACGAAAUGGCUACAAGUGCUGUUGUUAAUUAA